AUGAGGCAAAUAAAACUCUUACUAUGGCUCUUGGUCGGUGGAGUGGUUUCUGCAAUGGAACAACUUCAAUUCCUAAGUAAUUUCCUGGAAGCGGUGCACAAAGAGAGAUCUAUUCCAACCAUUCUUCUUAUGCAAAGGAAAGACCAUAAACACGAUUUUCUGCACGGACUAUAUCCCAUAUCGUGGCCUUUAAUUCGCUUGGACGAAACUAAAAGAAUUGAACUGGUAAACCAUUUUAACAGGGACUUUCUGGUUCUGGUUUAUAUGGAAUCUGACGAGGAUGCAUUGUUACUCUCGGCGUUGGCUGCCGAUCUUAAUCAUAUCAGAGAGACCAGAAUUUUAGUCUGGUUACAGAUGAGCCCUUCGGAGGUUUUUCUGGAAAAUAUUGUGUUUAAGGCAUCUAAGUACAAGUUCCUUAAUCUUGUGCUGAUAGAAAGUACAUUAAAAACUAGACGACUUUAUCCAUUUCCCCAGCCAACGGUGCAAGUGAUCGACAAACCUUUUGAGGAAAAGAAAAUAUAUCCCGCUCUUUGGCGAAACUUCAUGGGAAAAAAAGCUUUUACUGUGUCCGACAUGGUGCCACCAAGGAACUUUGAUUGCUUUGAUCCAAGAACGGGCUUCAGAAGGCCAGCUGGAUCUCUCUACAACUCCUUUAAGGAGUUUACCCAGAGAUACAAUAUCACCAUGCUACUGGAAUGGCCAGUCGACACUUAUACUUCUCAAGAAGAAAUCAUCGCAAGGACUGUUCGGGGAGAGAUAGACUUAGCACUAACCGGGCAGUUGAUUAGCUUCAGACACCCAAACGGAAGUAGGACACAGCCCAUUUUGGGAGUCACAGCCCUAUCCAUUACCGUGCCAUGCGGCCCAGAGUUGCCAAUGUUUGAUCGGUUCUUUUUGGUCUUCGGGCUGGCCACACCCAUCACCAUAGCUGGAUACUACGUCCUCUUAAGCAUCAUGGAGCUCAUACUUGGGACCCUGAGCGAUCGAGUCAAACGCCAUCCACGACGUCAGAAGUUCCUGAACCUGGUACUCAACCUUCGCGUGUUUAGUUGCAUUUUGUCCCUGUCUACUCCCCAGGGGAAUCGACUCAGGUCCGUCCAGGGACAGCUGACCAUGGUGAUGAGUGUUACAGGCCUCAUUCUGUCCUGCUAUGUGGCUGCCCAAACUAGCACUGUUCUCACCAUGAAACCCCAGUACCGGCACAUCAAUAACUUUCAGGAACUGCGCGAUAGCAACAUCACCGUGAUUUGUAACCACCUUAAUUACUUGACCAUGAAGCAGCAAAUGAAUCCCAAGUUCUUAUCCAAGUUCAUUCCGAACAUCUGGAUUGUGAGCAGCAGAGAGCAGAUGAAGAUGAUCGUUGACUUGAACACGAGCUAUGCCUACCAGACAUUCUCCUACAAUAGGGACCCCUUCACGGUGCUUCAAAUGCACACUACCCGUAGGGCUUUAUGCAGGUCCCAGGAUCUAAAUGUGGUCAGCGGAAUUGCCUACACUGCGGUUCUGGAAAAGAAUUCGAUCUACGCACUGCCUCUGCAGGACUACACGCUUCAGGUCCUAAGUGCCGGUCUGGUCUAUCACUGGGGUGACGAAGCGAUUCGGGAGCUUAUCUCCACACUGAAGUACACUCAACUGGAAAAGCUACCCAUUGUGAUCGGCUAUCAAGCGCUGAAGCUACAGGAUUAUAAAGUCUGUUGGGUGGUAAUCCUGAUCGGUGGUGCUCUAGCUUUUUGUGUAUUCAUCGGGGAAAUUGUUGUUGGCGGGAUAAAUGAAGUGAAGUUGAGCAAAUAA